AUGACUCAAUUCCGCCCCUGCAUCGACCUCCACUCGGGACAAGUCAAGCAGAUCGUUGGAGGUACAUUAAGUAAUGUCGAAUCAGACCUGAAGACAAACUAUGUAUCAAAGCUCCCGGCAAGCCACUACGCAGCACUGUACCAGAAGCAUAAUCUCCGAGGCGGUCAUGUUGUCAUGCUAGGUCCGGGCAAUGAUGAUGCGGCAAAGGAAUCCCUAAGAACGUGGCCCCAGGGUCUGCAGGUUGCUGGUGGAAUUACGGAUAAGAAUGCGCAGUACUGGAUCGAGCAGGGAGCUGAGAAGGUCAUCAUCACAUCAUUUCUCUUCCCAGAGGGCAAGUUCUCUCUUGAACGACUUCAGUCCGUCCUAUCUGCUCUAGGCGGUGACAAAUCAAAGCUAGUACUCGAUCUCAGCUGUCGACGGAAAGACAACACAUGGUUUGUGGCCAUGAACCGGUGGCAGACGAUCACGGAGAUGGAAGUAAACCAAGAAUCAAUAUCCCUCCUCGAACCAUACUGCUCCGAGUUCCUCAUCCAUGCGGCGGACGUGGAAGGGUUACAACAGGGAGUUGACGAGGAACUGGUCUCGAAACUCUCGCAGUGGUGCUCAAUACCAGUUACGUAUGCGGGCGGGGCCCGGAGUCUCCAGGAUCUGGAGAAGGUUCACGUUAGCAGUCAUGGAAAGGUUGAUUUGACGAUUGGGAGUGCGCUGGAUAUAUUUGGGGGAUCUGGUGUCACUUUCGAGGAGUGUAUCCAGUGGAACAAGGAUCAUUGA